ACAACUAUAAGUCUACAAGCGGCGAGCAGAAAGUAAAUUUGAAGUUGACAAGAACACUACCCAAAACGAAACAAAACCCAUGUCCCAUGUAAGCGAAACACUACCCAGCUUUAUUUUAUUUAUGAAAACUCUCCCAAUCCAUUUUUAAAGUUAUGGAUACGCAAAUUCAGGUCGGUUUCACGUGUUGGUUAUCCGUGGCGUGCAAGUUUGACGGCCAGUAUCACACAUCACUCUCCCACCGUCCGACCGGCAACUUCCACUUGUACAAUAUAACCCUCUAAAUAGUUUCGGUAUUUGUUUAGUAUUUAUUUUUCAUAAGCUUUUCGGAACCUUACGAAUUCUCGGCCUUGGGAUUUGAAUUUGAUUUAUACGAGUGUCAAUCUCAAUUUGAGGGUAUAAAACAAACAGUUGGGAUUAGUUAAGUACGCGCCGAGGAAAAAAAAGAGAUCUUAUAUCAGCUGCGGAAAAUGGUUGUGUCAUGGGUUUUCAGAUUUUGUUCUUAUCUGCUCUGAGUUUGUGGGGAUAUUGUUAUCUAGGAUUCGUUUUUUGAGGGGUCUUGUGAACGCUUUAUGGACAACCCUCUUUGGUGAUGUUAUAGCAGAAUCCGUUUUGGAUGACCCCUUUUUCUUUUCUUGGGGGCCUUUUCACUUUUGGUUGAGAAUAGAAUCACGAAGACUGUGUGAAUUGAAGUACCUUGUUUUUGUUUUUAAGCUUGUCAUGGCUUCAUGGGAUUUUAUAUGAACGGUCUGCUUUUUAGCUAUUGAAAUGGUGGUGCGUUUCACUCUUUUCGACUUUCAUGAUGAUUCGUGGUCCGGUAGAUUCCAGCGGACAAAAAGGUUGGGUCGAUUGAAAUUGCUACUGGAGGAAGAAAGAGAGGAUUGUGGAGGAGGAGGGUUGAGAGAUGUCAUCAUAUUCGACAAACAAGACGAAUUGCUCUAGGAGCAGCUCUGAUCGAUCAAAACGUGGGGCUCGUGUGGUUGCGCAGACCCCCAUCGAUGCGAAGCUUCAUGUAGACUUUGAAGAGUCUGAACGGUUCUUUGAUUACUCAACUUCAAUUGACGUCAACAUCUCAAGUUCCACUAGCAAUGUCCCUUCCUCUACUGUGUCAGCUUACCUGCAAAGGAUGCAGAGAGGAAGCCUUAUUCAACCGUUCGGUUGCUUGAUUGCUGUGGACGAGCAAAACUUCACGGUUCUUGCCUACAGCGAAAAUGCCCCUGAAAUGUUGGACUUGGCUCCACAUGCUGUUCCAAGCAUUGAACAGCAAGAAGCCCUAGCUUUUGGAACAGAUGUUCGAACACUCUUUCGGUCGUCGGGUGCCACUGCUUUGCAGAAGGCAGCUAAUUUUGGGGACGUAAAUCUUCUCAACCCCAUAUUGGUUCAUUGUAAAACCUCAGGUAAGCCCUUUUACGCGAUUCUGCACCGAAUUGAUGUGGGGUUAGUUAUAGAUUUAGAACCAGUGAAUCCAGCUGAUGUGCCAGUGACUGCUGCUGGGGCCUUGAAAUCUUAUAAGCUAGCAGCCAAAGCCAUAUCGAGAUUGCAGUCCUUGCCAAGUGGGAAUAUAUCACUGAUAUGUGAUGUUUUAGUCAAGGAAGUUAGUGACUUGACAGGUUAUGAUCGUGUAAUGGUGUAUAAAUUUCAUGAAGAUGACCAUGGAGAAGCGGUAGCUGAGUCCCGCAGACCUGAUCUGGAACCUUAUCUUGGUUUGCAUUACCCGGCUACCGAUAUACCACAAGCUUCAAGAUUCCUAUUCAUGAAGAACAAGAUUAGAAUGAUAUGCGAUUGUUUGGUGCCUCCAGUUAAAGUAAUUCAAGACAAGAGAUUGUCUCAGCCACUGAGCCUUUCUGGAUCUACGCUGAGAUCUCCUCAUGGUUGUCACGCACAGUAUAUGGCAAAUAUGGGUUCAAUUGCAUCUCUUGUGAUGUCUGUGACUAUCAAUGAAGAUGAUGGAGAGCUGGAGAAUGAUCAGCAGAAGGGAAGAAAAUUGUGGGGUUUGGUUGUUUGCCAUCACGCAAGUCCUAGGUUUGUUCCAUUUCCUUUGAGGUAUGCCUGUGAGUUCUUGAUUCAAGUGUUAGGUGUGCAGAUCAACAAAGAAGUGGAGUUGGCUGCUCAACUAAGGGAGAAGCAUAUUUUGCAAACUCAAACUGUUCUUUGUGAUAUGCUCCUUAGAGAUGCUCCUGUAGGUAUUGUUACUCAAUCACCUAAUGUUAUGGAUCUUGUUAAGUGUGAUGGAGCUGCACUAUACUACAGGAAGAAAUUUUGGUUGCUUGGAGUCACCCCAAUUGAGGCACAGAUUACAGAUAUAGCUGAAUGGCUUCUUGAGUGCCAUGAUGGUAGCACGGGUUUAAGUACCGAUAGCCUUAUGGAGGCUGGCUACCCAGGUGCCUCAGGUCUUGGAGAUGAAGUCUGCGGGAUGGCAGCCGUUAGGAUUACUUCAAGGGAUUUCCUGUUUUGGUUCAGGUCUCACACCGCAAAAGAAAUCAAGUGGGGUGGUGCAAAACAUGACCCUGAUGACAAGGACAAUGGAAGAAAGAUGCAUCCCAGGUCAUCCUUCAAGGCUUUUCUGGAGGUGGUUAAGCGACGGAGUGUCCCUUGGGAAGAUGUGGAAAUGGAUGCCAUCCAUUCCUUACAGCUGAUAUUGAGAGGGUCUUUGCAAGAUGAGAUUGUGGAUGAGUCCAAAAUGAUCGUGAAUGUUUCAUCAGUUGAUGACAGGAUACAGAGAGUGGAUGAAUUACGCAUCAUCACAAAUGAAAUGGUGCGCCUUAUAGAGACAGCUGCAGUCCCCAUUUUGGCUGUCGAUGCCUCUGGUUGUAUAACUGGGUGGAAUACCAAAGCUGCUGAACUAACAGGCCUGUCUGUUGAGCAAGCCAUCGGUAUGACCUUGAUUGACGUUGUCUGGGAAGAUUCAGUUAAAGUGGUGAAGAAUCUGCUCAUCUUGGCAUCUCAAGGUAUAGAAGAGAAAAAUAUUGAAAUCAAACUUAAAACAUUUGGUCCUCAGGAAAACAGUGGUCCUGUAAUCUUGGUAGUUAAUGCAUGUUGCAGCCGAGACACAAAAGAAAACUUUGUUGGGGUUUGCUUUGUUGGCCAAGAUGUCACUGGACAAAAAGUAAUUUGGGACAAAUAUACUCGUAUCCAAGAUGAUUAUGUUGGAAUUAUGCGGAGCCCUUCUGCACUUAUUCCUCCAAUUUUUAUGGCCGAUGAGCAUGGCCGAUGCUUGGAAUGGAAUGAUCCAAUGCAAAAAGUGUCUGGUUUGAAGAGGGAAGAGGCCACUUCCCGGAUGCUUCUUGGGGAGGUCUUCACGGUAAAUAGUUUUGGCUGUCGGGUUAAAGAUCAUGAUACAUUAACCAAGCUUAGGAUACUACUUAAUGGGGUAAUUGCAGGCCAGGAGGUAGAUAAGUUGUUGUUUGGAUUCUUUGAUCAGCAGGGUAAUUAUAUUGAAGCAUUACUUUCAGCGAACAAAAGGACUGAUGCAGAGGGAAGGAUUACUGGGGUUUUGUGCUUUUUGCAUGUGUCAAGUCCAGAACUUCAGUAUGCUAUGCAGGUGCAGAGGAUAUCCGAACAGGCUGCAGCUGAUAACAUCAAGAAAUUGGCAUAUAUUCGUCGAGAAAUCAGUAAGCCACUGAAUGGGAUUAUGUUUAUGCAGAAUCUAAUGGGAUCUUCUGAUUUAAGCAAAGAGCAGAAGCAGCUACUUAAGACAAGCUCAUUGUGUCAGGAACAAUUAGCUAAGGUUGUUGAUGACACUGAUAUUGAAAGUAUCGAGGAAUGUUACAUGGUAAUGAGCUCUGGUGAAUUUAACCUUGGUGAAGCUCUUGAAGCUGUCAUAAACCAAGUUAUGAUCUUGUGUCGGGAGCGCCAGGUGCAGGUCAUCCAUGAUUUACCUGCUGAAGUAUCAUCGAUGCACUUAUAUGGAGACAACUUGAGGCUUCAGCAGGUUCUUUCACAGUUUAUGACUAAUGCACUCCUCUUCACCCCUGCCUUUGAAGGAUCACUUAUUGCCUUCAGGGUGAAUCCAAAAAAGGAACGUAUAGGGAUGAAAAUACACAUCGUCCAUCUUGAAUUUAGGAUCACCCAACCAGCACCUGGUGUACCAGAAAAUCUGAUUCAAGAGAUGUUUCACCACAAUCCCCGUGUCUCAAGGGAAGGUCUCAGCCUAUACAUUAGCCAGAAGCUUGUGAAGAUUAUGAAUGGCACUGUACAGUAUCUAAGAGAAGCAGACAAAUCAUCCUUUAUAAUUCUUAUAGAAUUUCCAUUGGUAUGUCACACUGACCAAUGAACCUGUAUUCUCUGACACCCCCAACAUCCGUUGGCGACUUAUCAAGUCGAUGGCACGUGCGUGAUGCCAACAUGAGUUCCUGUAUGGCCCAGAGAUUGACCAGGGAUUAUUUAGAGGCUGGAUGAUGCUUGAAUUUGUGCUCUGCAACUUGGGAAACCAGAAUCUUUUACCAGAAAACGCAGAACGGAUGAGUUGAAUAGCUGGGUGAUCAAUUUUGAUGUUUUUGGAAGUGAAUUAACAUAAUAAGCUCACUGGAAACCUUCUCAAAACCUCAAGCUGGAUAUCUUCUUUCCGGACCCCCCUGUAACCUCUUAUGUAAACAUCAGUCGUCAAUUAGUUUUGCUUUGUUUUUAGGGAGAGCUCGGUUGCUAAAACCUCUCUCUGUCUCUUUGAAACUCUGACUCCAGCUCUGGUGUGUGCAGUUUGGGAUGUGGAAUAAGCCAAGCAAAGGUAGUAUCAUGUUUAGAACUGAAUCGAUAGAGAUGUAUACAUCAACGUUGUGAAAUAACAUCGAUCAUACGGACUUGGACAGCCAAAGCAGGCCAUUGGCAUGGUAAUGCUUACCCAUUCUAUAUGCGGGAAAAAAUCUUUGUUAAGCACAUGACUUCUAUUAGUAUUAUAUUAUUAUCAACGUCAUCAUUCUAGUUCAGUUCCA